ACUGGUUGCUAAAUAAACAUUGCAAUGACAUGAUCAUUGGAUGUCAUGUUGCCAGUGAUAUGAUCAUGUCAUUGCAUAGCGCUUUAUACACUAGACAUACCUGUAUGACAUUUGAGAAUCCAACGACAGUCUAAAAUCUGGGCAAUUCAAGACCUUUUAUAAUAAUGGCUGCUGCUGUUGAUGGUUGGAAAAGAAGCGGUCUUAUCCGGGGUCGUGGUAUCCCAGCACCCUCUGGCCAGCACCCUGUUGGCUGUGCUCACCUCAUGCAUAAGUUUGAGGAUGACACGGACACUCUGUUAGUGCGACUGUUCUACCCCUGUCAGGAGGGAGGAAGGAGGUGUCGGUACACACAGUGGACACCACAUAAGCGAUACAUCAAGGGCUAUUUGGAGUAUUCGAAGGUAAAGGCGGUUGGCUUCGUAUCGACUGUGGUUGGAUGGCUCACUGAGCCAAAGGUUCCUGCACUCAGAGAUGCACCUUUAUAUAUGGGAAAGCAAGAUGCAGAGGCUGAAUGUUCUCCUUCAGAAGCCACACCUACUUCAAGCCCAUCAUUGUUCCCUGUGCUAGUGUACUCCCAUGGGCUUGGUGCAAUGAGCAUGACCUACUCUGCCAUUUGUUGUGACCUUGCCUCUCACGGCUAUGUGGUCGCCUCAGUGGAACACAGAGAUCGCUCAGCAUGUGUGUCUCAUUUGCGAGUGCCCACACCAGGAAAAGAUGGGCUUAUGGAUGAGUGGUUGGAGCAUCGCUUCCUCAGAGAGGGGGAGAAAGAGUUCCCUGUCAGGAACGAGCAGGUAAAGAAGCGUUCAUCAGAUGCAAGAAGAGCCUUGGACGUGUUAGGAUUGCUCAACGAGGGAGCACCCGUGGGGAACUUAUUGGGGGUGGACCUCGACUUUGGUCAGUUCAAAGGUCGUCUUGAUUUGAACAUGGCUGGUAUGAUGGGCCAUUCAUUCGGAGGAGCUACUGUCAUCCAGACACUCAGUGAGGACCAACGUUUCAAGUGUGGUGUUUGCCUGGACACUUGGAUGCUCCCAGUGCACAAGGAACUCUAUGAGAACGGCUCAGUGAUUCAACAACCCCUCAUCUUCAUCAACAGCUUCGACUUUCAGUGGAAGGAAAACAUCGAACAGAUGACAAAAAUGACCACACCUCCAAACGAACAAGGGAUAUCGACAUCUAGGAUACUAACACUGAUAGGCACGAACCACUUGUACCAGAGUGAUGUCCUGUUUCUGUUCCCUACCUGGUUGAGCUCCUCCACUCUCAGCACUCUGGACGUGAGCAUUGCUCACGCAGUCAACAUGGAUACCAGUCACGCCUUCUUGAAAAGGCACUUGCUAAUGGAUCCGAGUUACCAGGGUCCGAUUCCCAAUCUUGAUGGGUGUGAAGGUCAUUCUGAGCACAUCCUCUUUGGUUCCAAUAUUGACAUCACCCCAUCCGACGAGGCAGGUCAAGAAGAUCACGUGGCCACCACAGGACAAGAGGAGGUAGUGAGUAGCGAUGUUGGCGGUAACUCAGAGCAGAAACAAGAGUCUAGUGUGUCGUCUAAUUUGUAAGAUAGUUAUGCUUUAAGCUUCAGAAUAGUGAAAUUGUUAAAAUUGUUUUUGAUUCGUUCACUUUUUAAUAAACAUUAUCAUAUUGCAUACGUAUUUGAAUAAUUGUAUAACUUAAGUCUUGGUUGCUUAAUUAACAUAA